AUGGCUACUUUCUGCUGAUUUCUGUAAUAGUGUUCCUUCCAGAAGAUCUCUCUCUUCUUUUUUCUCUUUCCAUCGUUUUUAUUACCUCAUGCUUGGCUUUGUGUUCUGUGUUUUUUUUUUUCCUUUCUUAAAUGAGUGUUUGAGUUAGUAUGGUGAAUUAAGCAGAAUAAUCCCUUGUCGGAAACAAUCUUUGUCCUUUUUUCUUUUUAAUGGAUUCUGGUAAUAGUGGUAGUUUGCAAUCUUCAAGUGGUGGCAGUGAAGAGUUUGAUUCACGCGUCGAGUCAAUCUCCGCUUUUUUGAGCCUUAUCGGUCAUGGUCAUGGUAAUUUGGGUGACCAACCGCCCCCGUCUCCGCCCUUACCGGUGCUGCAGGGCCAUUCUCCGUCGACCACGUUCGACCCUUUAUCGUUCUUGGAUCAUCGAUCACUGCAACUUUCGACGACAACAACGGCGAAUCCGAGCUCGGUCCUUGAUUUGAUUUGGUCCAAAAAUCUAAGAUCCGAGCCCAGUUGCACUGAUCUCAGUGGUUUCAUGGCUUCCUCAUCAGCGGCAACGGCGACUCAACAGCUCUUCACCAACCAACAACCACAAAACGGAGCCACUUUUCAAUCGUUGCAGCCGGUUCCACAACGACCAGAAAGUUCGGUUUCCGCCAUAAACGGCGGCCAAACCAACAACAAGAGCAAUACGGCGCGUAAUCCAAAGAAGAGAUCCAGAGCUUCCAGGCGUGCACCGACAACUGUUCUGACCACAGACACCACCAAUUUCCGAGCCAUGGUUCAAGAGUUCACCGGAUUCCCGGCACCACCGUUCCCCUCCUCGCCUUUUCCGAGAGCCAGACUCGAUCUCUUCGGUCCACUGUCGGCCACUUUGAGAUCAAACCAUUUAGACCCUUCACCGGCAGCUCCCCAUUAUCUUUUAAGACCAUUUGCUCAAAAAAUCACACCUCCACCUUUUCUUAGCUCAUCAACGGCUGACGCUAUAGUUUCUAAUCCUAGUACUAACAACAACAACAACACUAGUUCUUGUUCAACUUCCAUUAACUACCAACUACCGACAGAGUUAGGCCAUUUAAAGCAGCCUCAGAAUCUACUCAACAUCAACAUGCAAAACCCAAUUCUCAACUUUCAUUCUUUCCUUCAAACCCCUCCAAAAUACCCAUUUUCCUGUUCGAACAUGGGUGUUCCACCGACUGAGUCGACUCUCAAAAUGGGUGGUUUAGAUGAAUCUGACUCGAGCCGGGAGCGGCUUCCAAACAUGGUGUCUCCACAAGAGCGUGAUGAUCAGAAUCUCCUAAGGCCCAUCAUUGGCGGCUUCGACGGUGAGGACCGAAGAGUCUCGAAUGGGAAAGCGAGCAACUUGUCGUCGUCGUUUUCGCCGAAUUUUCGUGGCGAUAAAGAGCUGGAACACGUGGGUAAUUCCAGAAGUGAAGGUAUGGUGGAAUCAUGGAUAUGUUCUUCAGAUUAGGAGUAUCUAAUUUCAUUAAAAAAUAAGAAGAAGAAGCUUUCAUAACUGGAAAAUCUGAACAAAGAAUAUCAAGGACAUGGGGGUGAAUAUUUUUCACAAUGAUGCAUAAAAGAGGUGGAAUCUUUCUUGUUUUCUGUCAUAUUAACCACGAAAUACUUAAAAUUCAACCCCCAUUUUGUACU